CUGUGCCCAUUUGAUAGCGAAGAGCAAAUUUGCAUAAGCUUGCAACUCGACAAAAGACUUCGUCAUUGGCUCUCUGCGGCCAAUCGGCCCCGCGGACGAUCAGCAAACGCCUGCCCGCCUCAAGUGCGCGUCGGCUUCGACGGGACUCGAGCUCACGAGCAAACAGCCCAUGGCUUCAGGCCUCCAGAGAUUGCCUUCUUGCAACACGACGGCCUCGACAAUCGCUCACUCUUCGCCGCAAAUCGCAGACGUGUCCUCCAGGUUGAUCAGCCACGGGAAUCGGGCUGCUGGGAUUCGAACUCUCAAGCCCUGUCUCGGGGCUGCACAUUCAUCCCGCCCAUAGCCGUGCCAUCUUCGUCUUGUGGCUAUGGUGACUAG